AGGGUUGAGCCAGGGAGAGGCAAUCAUGUCGCGGGACCCGACAGCAGGGAGGCUAGCACCGCCAUCGUCGCUGUCGCUGCUGCUGCUACUGCUAUUGUCGAUGUCGGGAGUCGGGGCUCUGCGUCCUGAUGAGCUCUUCCCUUACGGAGAGUCGCGGGGAGACCAGCUUCUGCCGGAGGGCGACGACGAAAGCUCAGCCGCCGUGAAGCUGGCAAUACCCUUACGCUUCUACGAUGCCCAGUACAGCGACCUCUAUGUGGGCACCAAUGGCAUCAUCUCCACCCAGGAUUUCCCUAGGGAGACUCAAUAUGUGGAUGAUGAUUUUCCUACUGACUUCCCAGCCAUCGCCCCCUUCCUGGCUGAUAUCGACACUAGUCACGGCAGGGGCCGGAUCCUGUACCGUGAGGACACCUCCCUGGCUGUGCUGGAUCUGACGGCUCACUACGUGCGCAUAGGCUUCCCAAGGUCAAGCUCCAGCUUCACUCCCACCCACGCUUUCCUGGCCACCUGGGAACACGUGGGCGCCUAUGAGGAGGUUAGGACCGGGGCUGAGCCUUCAGGAGAGCGGAACACUUUCCAGGCAGUUUUGGCAUCUGACGGAUCUGAUACCUACGCCCUCUUUCUCUAUCCUGGCAACGGCCUUCAGUUCUUUGGAACCCGCCCCAAAGAAUCCUAUAAUGUUCAGCUGCAGCUUCCUGCUAGGGUGGGCUUCUGCCGAGGGGAGGUGGAUGACUUGAAGAGAGAAGUGCCAUAUUUCAGCCUGACUAACACUGAGCAGUCUGUGAAAAAUCUCUACCAAUGGAGCAACCUGGGGAUUCCUGGAGCAUGGGCUUUUCAUAUCGGCAGCAGGGUUCCCCUGGACAAUGUCAGGCCAGCGACAGUUGGAGGCCACCUUUCCACUGCCCGGCACUCUUCAGCUGCUCUCAACCCCUCCUUCAGCCAUGACGCAGCCCUGGAGAGCUAUUCUGAGGACAAUUUGGAUUACUAUGAUGAGAAUGAAGAGGACCUUGAAUACCCACCAGUUGGACCAGGGAAGGCCUUGGAAGGCCACAGCAGAAUUGAUGUAUCAUUCAAUUCAAAGGCCAAUCCAGGUCCUGUGGAAAGUAGGACCUUGUCUCCAUAUCCUGAUCAGGCUUCUCCUUUGCCACACCCUGGUGACUGGCGACCCUAUCGGGCAACAGAAUUGGUUUCCUUGAACCCUCAGAACAAACAGGGGACAUCUGUGGGAGAGGUAGAGGUCCUAGAUUUCAAGGACGCAGUGAAGACUUUGGCCCUGGCCCCUCCAGAGGCAAAUGCAGCUUUCCUGACUCUAGGCAAGGAAGACCUUGGGAACAGAAGCACCCAGCCCUACCCUAAUGCAGGGCCAGAGCUCUCAGAACCCAAUGUUCCUGUCCCUCCUCUGGCAGCAGCAGUCCUUCCAGAUUACCCAGUGCCUGGUCAUGUGCCCCUUCCGAGUGGAGGGAGGUAUGUGAUAGGAGUGGGGGACCGUGUCAGUUCUAAUGAUCAAGUCUUCUCCUAUAAUGAUGCCAACGGGGAAACCUGUGGACACAGCCAUGACCAGUGCUCCCAGCAUGCCUUCUGCACCAAUUACACCACCGGCUUCUGCUGCCACUGCCAGACAAGGUUUUAUGGAAAUGGGAAGCACUGUCUGCCAGAAGGGGUACCUCACCGAGUUAAUGGGAAAGUGAGUGGCCGACUCCAAGUGGGUCACACUCCUGUGCACUUCAGUGAUGUGGAUCUUCACGCUUACAUUGUGGGCAAUGAUGGCAGAGCCUAUACUGCUAUCAGCCACAUCCCACAGCCAGCAGCCCAGGCCCUUCUCCCUGUCAUCCCAAUUGGAGGCCUGUUUGGCUGGCUCUUUGCUUUGGAGAAGCCAGGAUCUGAGAAUGGCUUCAGCCUCACAGGUGCCACUUUUGUCCAUGAUGUGGAAGUUACUUUUUACCCUGGAGAAGGGAGGGUUCGUAUCACUCAAACUGCUGAGGGGCUUGACCCAGAGAACUACCUGAGCAUUAAGACCAACAUUGAGGGCCAGGUGCCCUUCAUCCCGGCAAAUUUCACAGCCCACAUUGCUCCGUACAAGGAGCUUUAUCGUCAUGCGGACUCAGCUGUAACCUCCUCCAGUUUCAGAAGUUUCUCUCUCACUUCUGGUUCUAUCAACCAAACAUGGUUCUACCACAUAGACCAGAACAUCACUUACAAGGUGUGCAGGCAUGCCCUUAGACACUUGGAUUUUCCUGCCACCCAGCAGCUGACUGUGGACCGGGCUUUUGCUUUGUAUAGUGAGGAUGAGGGUGUGCUGAGGUUUGCUGUGACCAAUCAGAUUGGCCCAGUUGAAGUGGACUCAGCCCCCGCACCAGUGAACCCUUGCUAUGAUGGGAGCCAUACCUGUGACACAACAGCAAGGUGCCGCCCGGGUACAGGUGUAAACUACACCUGUGAGUGCACCCCUGGGUUCCAGGAAGAUGGACGAAGCUGUGAGGAUGUCAAUGAAUGUGCCACAGGCUUCCAUCACUGUGGCCCCAAUUCUGUGUGCAUCAAUGUGCCAGGAAGUUACAGAUGUGGAUGCCGCCAUGGCUAUGAAUUUGCAGAUGACCAGCACACUUGUAUCUUGAUCGGCCCGCCUUCCAACCCUUGCCUUGAUGGCAGUCACACCUGUGCUCCUGAGGAGCAGGCCCAGUGUUUUCACCAUGGAGGCAGCUCAUUCAGCUGUGCUUGCCUGCCAGGCUUUGUUGGCACAGGGCAUCAUUGUUCUGAUGUUGAUGAAUGUGCAGAAAAUAGAUGUCAUGAGGCAGCUACCUGCUCCAAUACCCCUGGGUCCUUCUCCUGUCAGUGCCAGCCUGGGUAUCAUGGGGAUGGGUUUCACUGCACAUCUGAAGAUUCUGUCUCAGGACUGAAGUCCUGUGAACACCAACAGCACUAUGCCCAGGCACAGCAUGCCUAUCCCGGGUCACGGAUCCACAUCCCCCAAUGUGAUGACCAGGGAAACUUCGUGCCACUGCAGUGCCAUGGCAAUACUGGCUUCUGUUGGUGUGUGGACCAGAAUGGCCAUGAAGUCCCUGGCACCCAGACUCCACCUGGCUCCACCCCGCCUCACUGUGGACCACCUUCAGAGCCCACCCAGAGGCCACGGACUGUCUGUGAGCGCUGGAGGGAAAGUUUGCUGGAACACUAUGGGGGCACACCCAAGGAUGACCAGUAUGUACCCCAGUGUGACGACCUGGGCCACUUCAUACCCCUGCAGUGCCAUGGGAAGAGUGACUUCUGUUGGUGUGUGGACAAGGAUGGCAGAGAACUGCAGGGCACACGAUCACAGCCAGGCACAAAGCCUGCAUGUAUCCCCACCAUCGCUCCACCCAUGGUCCGGCCCACACACCGCCCUGAUGUGACUCCUCCCUCUGUGGGCACCUUCCUGCUCUAUGCCCAGGGCCAGCAAAUUGGCCACUUGCCUCUCAAUGGCAGCAGGCUUCAGAAGGAUGCAGCCAAGACUCUGCUGUCACUGCAUGGUUCCAUAGUGGUGGGGAUUGACUAUGACUGCCGGGAGAGGAUGGUCUACUGGACAGAUGUUGCUGGUCGGACCAUCAGCCGUGCCAGCUUGGAAGCAGGAGCAGAACCCGAGACCAUUGUUGUGUCAGGUCUGAUAAGCCCAGAAGGUCUUGCCAUCGACCACUUCCGUCGAACAAUGUACUGGACAGAUAGUGGCCUGGAUAAGAUAGAGCGAGCAGGGCUGGAUGGCUCUGAGCGGAAGGUCCUCUUUCACACAGAUCUGGUGAACCCACGAGCCAUCACUGUGGAUCCAAUCCGAGGCAACUUGUACUGGACAGACUGGAAUAGAGAAGCUCCUAAAAUUGAAACAUCAUCUUUAGAUGGAGAAAACAGAAGAAUUCUGAUCAACAAAGAUAUUGGAUUACCCAAUGGGUUAACCUUUGACCCCUUCUCCAAACUGCUGUGCUGGGCAGAUGCAGGAACCAAGAAACUGGAGUGUACACUACCUGAUGGAACUGGACGGCGUGUAAUCCAAAAUCACCUCAAUUACCCCUUCAGCAUCGUCAGCUACACGGAUCACUUCUACCAUACAGACUGGCGGAGGGAUGGUGUUAUAUCAGUGAAUAAAGACAGUGGCCAGUUUACUGAUGAGUAUCUCCCCGAGCAGCGGUCUCACCUCUAUGGGAUCACUGCAGUCUACCCUUACUGUCCAACAGGAAGAAAAUGAAUAUAAAAUGUAUAGGAGGAUUUCAAGUUUACAAGAAUCUUAACCUAAGAACAUUGACUACAAAGACAAAGGCAGUGAAAAAAGGAAUUGGCCAUUAUGAGCUGGGCACAAAAGAUGAGCAUUUUCAGUGCUGUGAGACUAAGUAUAUUUGUGAAGUGUAUACCUCAAUCAUUACUACUGUAUUUUUAAAAACAAAGGUUAUCAGAAGUUUAAAAAAGAAUUUUAAUCACUGCUAAUUAAAGCAACGUUUUGUAAACACUUAUUUAAAAGACCAAAUUCACUUACCAGAGAACCAACUAGAGCUUUACACAUUAAAUCUGAUUUUUGCCAUGGAGUCUACCUGGCUAAGAAAAGUAAAACACAUGACUGGUUAUGAAAAUUGGUUCCUAAAGCCCACCGAGUCCUGUGACAGAAGAUUAUGCAGUUCACCGGGAUGAUCCAGCCUAUUUAUAUUUCGCAGCAAAAGUCCUCAGACUUUAUAUUAAAGGAAGCAUCCACAAGUAUCCCAUGUUAAACACCAAAGAUGUAGCAGUCCUUAAAUUUCCUAUGUAUCUUCAGUAAAAUAUUUUAAAGUUUU